CUCGCUUGUCGUUAUGGCGUUAGUGUUUCUGUAACUGUGUGCCUUCGUGUUCUCAAUGGCGUGUGUAUUGCGUGCGUGGCUCUACUUUUGAAACAUAAACGUUUGUGUCGCGAUGUGUCAGUUUGUGAAACCAAUGCAGACACUUUCGCUAUGCACCGAAGAGCCUUGAAAAACACCAUACGACACUGAACACCAAAGCAGAUAUUAUAAUUUAGACGCCGAGGAGGAAGUCGCGAAGGGAAUCGGACGCGGCCAAGGUGUUCCGAGCCUCCUUCGAAAUUAAAAUCUUUAUUUCACGCCCGACACCUUUGACAAAAUGCCCCGAGGAUCCGUGUGCAGGGCGCGGGGCUGCAACGCCACUAAGGACACGCAUCCCGAGCUGCGCUUCCACUCCUUUCCUAAUAGUAAAGAGAGGUUUAAACUGUGGGCGGAAAAAGUUGGCAGACAGGACCUGAAAUUUCAUGACAGACUUGAUAAUCGAAUGUCCUUCAGGCUUUGCUCAAGGCACUUUGAGGAGCGGAUGUACAUGAGUCCCAACAAGAACUCGAGGCUGAUUUGGUGUGCUGAACCAACAUCUGUUUCAGAGAUGAACAAGGAGCCAACAACAGUCACGUCAAAGAAUGAUAAAAAUGCAAAUAAUGACAUCCAGACUGCAAAGGGUUUGCAGAGACAAGAAAGCAGCAUAGAUUUAUCAGCACAAGAUUCAUCAGCCUCGACUGUGUUAAACCAGCGACUUCCCAGUACUAAGAGCAGGAAGAGUAUUGACUGGUCUCUGAUUCUAGACAAUGAUAUUAUUGUUAAAGAAGAAAUAAUGACUGAUCAGGAUGACCCUGAAGAAGGUGCAAGUGAUCUGAACACUUCAGAACUGAAGAAGAAUAUGAAACAGGAAACUAAAGAAGGAAUCAGAAUGCAAGUCGAGAUUGAUAGACUGGCUGCUGAACAUGGCAGUGGUGAAGUCAAGAGACAGACAGAUUCCAUUUUGCUGACAAAGAAAAAGACUGCUAAGCGAAAGAGGAAGGAGGAAAUCAUCGCACAGAAUCGAUUGGAAUUUUCUGGAGGAGCAAGUGAUUGUGAUGACUACAGUCUGUUUAUGAGUCCUGCCGGAACUUCCUCUUCAUGUGAAUCAGCUGAUGAAGAGGAUAGAGUCAACAAAGAGAUUAAGACACAAGAAAGAAGUAAUGUCCUUGUGAAAAAGACCUCAUCCUUAAAAGCUGAAUCAAAUGUUACAUCUUCAGCAUCUUUUGCCUCCACUUUUGUUCCUACAUCAUGCACUGGGCAUCAGGACACAAGUAGAGUUUUUCAAACAAAGGCAUAUUCUGAUAACAAUCUUUCUUCUUCUAGUAUACUGAUUAAUUUGCCACAGAUAAAGAAAGAAGUAAAAUCAAGCCAACUGUCAGCAGAAAUUUCAGGGGUUAAUGAGGAACCUGUAGGUCCUUUCAGAAUACAGACAGACAGUCAGAUGCAAGAGGGAGCAUCUUUAGAUAAAACUGGCAUGGUUAAAGGAAGGGAUUCCUUACCAGUGCUGUCCAAAGUAAAAAAGGAACCAGUGAGUAUGACAGAUAUCAUAAAUGCUGAGAAUGACUUGGGUGAGGAGCCUGGAGCUUCAAACAGCUUCAAUACUUCAGAACAGUCAGUAGCAACUAAGUCAAAAGUAACCAUAACCAAAGACUCUCAGUCUGAAAGAAUCUCCCCAGCAUCACCCAGUUUACAGCCUUCUAAUAGGGAAUCGCCUGCAAACCCAAUGUUCAGUUCAUCUUCGCCUACAGAAGUAACAUACUCAGAUCAGUCAGAUGAUAUCAAAUUGCCUUGUAAAGUUCCUAGUAGGGUAUACUCAAAGACCUGUGUUACAAGAGCAAGAACCAUAUCUGUAGCCAAGCAAGAAAGCAAGUCAUCUGCCUUAGAAUCUGCUUCGAGGCUCAAUUACUCAUCAUCUAGUGAUAAAAGCAACACUGAGGUGAAUCAAAUGAUGGUUUUAAGUGAAGAAGAUAGUCUUAUGGAAACGGAUGAACAAGAGUUUUCAGGAUGCAGCAAAGAUUGCAAGUGUAAUGACUGUGACUCCAAACAGAAAAUAUUACUUAACAGGCCAGGCAACACAGUUCGGAGGACGUAUUCAGGACCUAUCCGUAGACAGGUUGUCAGGACCAAAGAUGGUGGCAAAAGGACUUUUAUGAUUAUGAAUAAAAAUUCACUUAAGACCCUUCAGGCAAAAGGGCUUAUCCAGCACUUGAAGCAAAACACAGUAGCCAGUAAGUCACAAAACACCAGCAAGCAGAUAUUAACUGGCAAAUCAUUAUUACCAUCGCAGCAAGAAGACAUUGAGAAAAUACAAUAUAAAGCAGUUAUACCAAGCCUGAUUUCAGCCACUGACUUGGACAGUCGAACAGUAACCAAGAAGACUAAGGAGUUAGAUCACUCAAGCAGUCUUUCAACUAUUGACUUACCAGCUCCCCCAGCCUCAGAUGGGGCAGAGGCAGGAGAAACUCCAGUUGUUGUCACAUGGUCUACUACUAAUGUAACAGAUACUCCCUCGAUCACCUUUACAAUUCAAUUACCAGGCAAAGUCAACGAAGGAGGGUCUCCCCAAAAGUCUGCCUCGGGCUCAGGUCUCCGGCAGAUUGUUACACCUCCAGUUUUCAUCCAGACUUCAUCGACAAAUCAAACCAUGACAUCUGGCAGUAUGACAAAUCAGCUGAAACAUGUGUCACAUACCUAUGGAAAGAAAAGUACCCUGGCAGGCAUGACAUCAACUGCAACUGGCGUAACAUACACUUCUGUAGUGACAUCGAACCCGAGUGUAUCUUUCUCACAGUUAACUCCAACUUGCACCUCAACUCUAAAGCCUGAAUUGAAAUGGGAUACCAGCCAGCCACCCCUGGAGGACAUGGAAGCUUCUUGUGAUUCUCCCCCACCAGGACCCUCAAGCCCUGUGGAAUUCUCAGAGGAAGGACCUGCCCAGUGCAAGGGGGAUGCAGUAGGACUCUCUGAGGAAGUACUGAGUGGGCCCUGUAAGAUCAGAAAAGGCCUAAAGAUUUUUAAGUAUAAUGUAAAAGGAAGUGAAAGUGUACAGACACCCAUGAAAAAUGUCCGAUGGAUUGCUUUACCCACCAUGCCUGUUAGUACUAGUGCCUCUGGUAGGUCGCCAAUGCCUUCCAACUUCCUGAAGCAAAAUAUAUCUCCUGUCCAUGCCAGCUCAGUCAGCCUGCCUGUGCCUGUACAUUCUACUCCGGUAACUGCCAUAGCAAAAGAGAACUUUAAAGAUUCUCCCAAGAGUUACGAAACAACGAAAAAGGGCCUGAAGGAAAGGUACAAGCGGCUACUCAACAAGCAUCGGCAGAGGUACUACCUUCUGCUCAAGAAGUACAGGUCAUUAGAAAAGAAAUACCACGUUGUUGAGGACGCGGGGAGUAGAGAGCAGGUGGUGAGAGACGCUCGGAAGUACCUGUCCGAUGAACACCUUCUCUUCAUGGAAAGCCAGAUGUUCCUGAGAAAUAGAACUGGAAAGGGAAAUAGGUUUUCGAAGAAGUUCAUAAGGCUCAUGAUAAAGCUGUAUGAAAGAAGCGCAGCGGGAUAUCGAUAUUUGAGGAGUAUAUUCACCAUCCCCUCCGUCAAGACGGUCCAGAAGUGGCAGAACAGACUCUUUGAUUUAUUAGAUGAAAACGACAAGGAUCCUCUGGAUGUAACGGAGAAUACUAAUGCACUGGAAGCGGCGGAAGUCCACACUGUGGAAGCGGAAGCCUUCAUGAAUCAGCAGGAACCCGAGGCGACGACCAGUAGUGGGAAGGACGCAGAUCGGCACUUCCAGGCAUCGACGACCCUCUUCAGGAGCGUCGACGCGCCGGGAAGGCCCGACACGGAUGGGUCGUCGUGCGGCUCUGGCUCCGAGGACUCGGAUGGCGUGGAUGAGGAGGAUUUGGAAGAGGAAGAAGAGGAAGAGGAUGAGGAGGAGUACGAAGCGGGGGACAUGCAGCCUGAACACCACGCGGGGAAAGACAUCUACCAGAAUAGCGAGACGAGGCCCGCUGACGAGAUCACCAUCGCGUGGGGGGAGCCCUGGUCAUCUGUCAUUAAUUGAGCUGCUGAUGCGCAGUUCUCAAGAAACGCUUUUCUGCCUUCUCGAUACAUGUAUAUUUCCUAAACGGUGUUAGUGAUUUUUUUUCUAUUCAGAAGUAUUAUUUUAGUUGUAAACCUUUUAAAAAAGGUAAGAUUAUUUGAUACUAAUAAUCACAGCAUAAAAUGUGUGAUCAGAAUUUUGUAUUUGAUACCAUGUAUAUUACAUUGUUACAUGUUAUAUGUAUAUAUCAAUUUUAAUGUUCCUUUUUUAAUAUAUCUUAUAUUGUCUA